AUGGGGUUCCUACACUUAGGCGAUUCUCGCAUGUACAGGGGAGGGAACUCCCUCGGAGAUCGGCUGCGCCCCGACCACACCUCAUCCGCCACUCGGUCACACCGCGCCGCCGCCGUCUCUCCCACCCCGCGCCGCCGCCGUCUCUCCCGCCCGCCACCCGCCGCCACGCCCGGCCGCCCUCGCCUCCGCCACCACCCGCCGACGCCCGGCCACCCUCGCCUCCGCCACCACCCGCCGACGCCGGCCAACGCCCGGCCGCCUCUUCUCCGCCACCACCCGCCGACGCCUGCCGCCCUCGCCUCCGCUCGCGUCGGCAGCCGCCCCGCCGCGCUGCAGCCGCCCCGCCCCGACCCCCUCGCCUCCGCCACCACCCGCCGACACCCGGCCAACGCCCGGCCGCCCUCUUCCUCCGCCACCACCCGCCGACGCCCGGCCGCUCGCCUCCGCCGCGUCGGCAGCCGCUUCGCCUCCCGCCGCGUCGGCGGCCCGCCCUCGCCUCCGCCGCGUCGGCAGCCGCCCGCCGCGCUGCAGCCGCUCCGCCCGACCCCCUCGCCUCCGCCGCGCUGCGCUCGCCUCGCUCGCCCCCCCUCGCCUCCGCUGCCCCUACCCGCCUCGCCCGGUAAUUGA